AUGUUUGAAUCAUUGCGUCGAAAAUUUAAUAAAUCCUCUAAUUUAGACAUUUCUUCCUCCAUAUCGAGCAUUUACUCGUCAAAUUCCAGUAUCGCAACUCCUUCUCCUUCUGAGAUUUAUAAAUGGAACCAUACACUAUCCAAUCUCGCCUCCAGCUUCGGCAAAAUUAGUCCAGGGAACUUCGUUCACAUUUUCCAUGACGGAAAUGAAGCCUUUAUCGAUAUGCUCAAGCACGUUAACAGCGCCAAACACACAAUUUGGAUGGAAACGUAUAUUUUCGACGACUCGCCCGUGGCUGAAAUAUUUGCCAAGGCCCUGAAGAACGCCGCGGAGAGAGGAUGCCAAGUAGUACUCCUGCUGGACUAUAUCGGCUCAAUCAAGUUCCCUAACAGGAUUAGGAGUGAACUGGAGCAGUCUGGAGUAAAAAUAUACUUUUUUAAUCCGCCCACAAUAAACGGCUCAGUGGGACCAGUCACGUUUAGAAACCACAAGAAACUGCUGAUAGUGGACCAAAAGACAGCAUUUACCGGUUCACUGAACAUUUCUAAAUUCUCAGUAGACGAGGAUCUGGGAGGGGACGGCAGACACUACGAAGUGCACCUGAGGUUGAAGGGGCCAUCAGUGUACGACCUAUCAGUUUCAUUUCUGGAGUCCCUGAAAAUGGGCAAAUUCCCUUCGGAGGAGCUGAAGCUACGAAAAAGGUCAGAACCGCUGCCAGGAGGCUCAAUAGUUCAGAUAUUUGAGUCACACAAGGGGAGGCUGAAAAACGACGUAUUGAACUCACUGCUGUUUGUAAUAUCAAAGGCAUCAAAAAGCAUAUAUCUAUCCACGAGCUACUUUAUCCCGCCAGGCUCACUGAGAAGGUCGCUGAUGUCAGCUAAGAAUCGCAACUUGAACAUCAGAAUGCUACUAUCGGGCCAUUCGGAUGUUCUGGGAGACACGACCUCAAGUUACUACGUCCUGAAGAAGUUUUUUGUAAGCAUUAGUUAUCUGGAUAGUCGAAGGAGAAGAUUCGCAAAGCCGUUCAAUGAUAACUUCAGAGUGUUCAUGACAAACAAUAAGCACUACCACGGCAAAGUGCUCAUUGUGGACGACGUGUGGAGCUCCAUAGGAUCAUUUAACUGGGAUAGAAUAUCCAGCAGAAGGAACAUUGAGAUGACACUCGGGAUAUUUGACCCCAAAGUGGCAACGAAGCUGAGGCAGAUGCAGCUGGAAAAGGAGAAGGACUCGUACGAGUACACGAGGAACGACUCUCUGAACAGGCUGAAGAUACUAAAAAUAUACGACUGCAUGACGUAUCACAUAGCACGCUUCUCAGGCGGAAACAUGCUCGACGGAUUGUCGAACGACAAGUUCAACGUAUCGUUCAAGAAGACGUUCAUAAGGACAUUCGUGGACCAGAACGUCAGCGAAAUGUUUCUAACAUCCAAUAUUUCUGGAGUCUAG